UCACACUGGCCGAGAGCUUGUGGGGAAUCUGGUCACACUGACGGGUACACGUAGAAAACAAACAGACGACGUUUUUAUUGGUUUAUAGGUUUUAAACAAAACCAAGUAUCGCAAUGCAAUAGCCCAAGUGCCGAAAUCAGCAACAAAUACCCACCUGCCGGCUUCUAAGUGACCGGGAACAGGCGACACAUUCGUGCUCUGCAAGAGCAGACAAGGGCCAGCGACAGCCAAACCGAUCCGGGCACCAACCCAACAUGUUGGGCGGCAAGCGGACAAGCUCUCGUCAUGUUGCUGUUGUACUGAUGAUGUGCCUGUUCUGGUACGUCAUCUCGUCCAGCAACAAUGUGAUUGGAAAAAUGGUGCUCAACGAAUUCCCCUUCCCCUUGACCGUCACCCUUGUCCAGCUCUGCAGUAUCACGCUGUACAGCGGUCCCUUCUUCAAUCUGUGGCGUAUACGAAAGUACCAGGAGAUUCCGCGCCCCUACUAUUGGCGCCUGAUCGUCCCGCUAGCCAUUGGCAAGCUCCUCGCCUCGGUCACCUCUCACAUAUCGCUGUGGAAGGUCCCGGUCUCUUAUGCACACACUGUCAAGGCGACGAUGCCGCUCUUUACCGUUGUGCUGACGCGCGUUUUCUUCAACGAGAAGCAGCCGACCCUUGUGUACCUGAGCCUGCUACCCAUCAUCACUGGCGUUGGCAUUGCCACCGUCACCGAGAUCUCGUUCGAUAUGCUGGGCCUGAUCAGUGCCCUCAUCUCCACCAUGGGCUUCUCCAUGCAGAACAUCUUCUCCAAGAAGGUGCUCAAGGACACCAACAUUCAUCAUCUGCGGCUGCUCCAUCUGCUGGGAAAGCUGUCGCUGUUCAUUUUCCUGCCCAUCUGGCUAUACAUGGACAGCUUAGCUGUCUUUCGCCAUUCGGCUAUCAAGAAUAUGGACUACCGGGUGAUUGCGCUGCUGUUUGCCGACGGCGUACUCAACUGGCUGCAGAACAUCAUUGCGUUCAGCGUACUGUCGUUGGUUACACCGCUGACGUAUGCAGUGGCCAGCGCCUCGAAGCGGAUAUUCGUCAUUGCCGUCUCGCUGGUCAUACUGGGCAAUCCCGUAACGUGGGUCAACUGUCUGGGCAUGACGCUGGCCAUUGUCGGUGUGUUGUGCUACAAUCGCGCCAAGCAAAUCACAAGGUCUAGGGAGGCGCCAACGCUGCCGCUGUCGCAAAGCAAUCACAUUAAGUACACGCCGCUGCAGCAGCAAACCGAUCCGUACUACCGCGGUGGCAUGAACGGCAAGAUGUCGAAUGGACUGCACAAGCCCGUCUCGGCAAUGAGCGGCAACAGCCUGUUGGCCAACGGCAGUGGCAUGCCCAGCGGGACGGCCACACGCUUGCUCUUCGUUUAGUUAUUAGUUAGAGAAUCUAUCCCACACUCCCCUUCCCCUAGGCGCAAAUAAGCUAAAUAGUCUAGUUGUCUUACCGUAACCAGAUAUACGAUACCGAUACCGGUCCCCGUCCCCGUCAGCUCUCUGUUUCCCCCCCUCACCCAGCUAUCGACUAUGCGUGGGAUACCCACGGCCAUCAUCCCAAUUAACCUAUUGUAAAUUGUAUUUUUGAUAACUUUUUGAUGCGUUUUUUAGUGUUUUGUAAAUAAGUAGCUUGAGGUGUGCCCCCCCCCUCCUCCUAUUCCUCCCUGAAUUUGAAUUUAAAUUUCAUUUGUUUUUGAAUUUGAUGAAGCCGUAAAGUGUAUUCAGAAAGCGUGUGCGCAUGUUAAAUGGCACAAUAAAAUGUUGACCUUGUACAUAGGCAUAGAAAAU